GUAUAAUUUAGAACGGUGUAAAAUCUGCGAUGAAAAAGCAGAGCUUGAAGUUUGCGCACAUUGUGAUCGACGGGCUUGUAAAGACUGCCGUGCAACGCAUAUGGAUAUGCUCAAACGUGACUUGUCCAGAAUGUUGAAUCAGGUGAAACGUUUAUCAAACCGUGUCACUGAGGCAUCUGACGGUUUGAGCAAAGGCGUUGAGCUACUGACGUUGAACUGCGAAACCACAAAGGAUGAGGUCAAAGAAUAUUUUCGACGGUACUUUCGGGAGUUAAAGAAAAGAGAGGAGGCGUUUUUACAAGAGAUCGAGACGUUUCACUUGAACGAAACUCGUUUAAUGCGAAACUUACGAGACGUUUUAGAAAUUGAAAGUUCUAAUAUGAGUGAAGGAUGUGCCUAUCUUGAAGCUGCGCUGAAGGGCGAAAGAGAAGUUCAGGAUGCUGAACUUGUUAAAUUCAAAAAUGUUUUCUCUGAAGGUUUAGAGUAUUUGAGAAAUUUUCAGCCAGAUGCGGAUGAAUUGUUCUCAAAGAAGCUUCGGUUUUCUCCAGGGGACGAUGCCUCCAAGUUACCAACAGCGAUUGCAAACUUUGGCGAGCUAACUGUACUUUUACCACAAUUCGCUGGGCGCUAUUUGCCUUUGGAACAGUCUUAUUUGCCUAAACCAAUAAAAUUAGGUUAUGAAUCUGAUAAUUAUAAGUUCUCUGCGCGUAGGGUAGAUCCCGAAGAAACUCGCAGUGAUGUGCGGUCCACAAGGUAUUCGAGGAAUGAUGAGGAUGUUAUGUCAAUCCGUUAUCGAAGGCGUCAGCAGAUGGAAGAAGAGGCCUGGAACAGGUUACGAGCAAGCAACACAGACAGUGGAAGACAGUCGCCCGGUGUUUUGCGUUCACCAGGAAAUAGUCCAUGGAGUCGUACAGUUGUGGCGAGUGGGGGAGUUACUCCGGAUGAAAAUGCUGGUGAAGUUCAUAAUAGUUUGGAACCUUCGGCAGCAAAAGUGGCCGAGUGUGCAAGAACGAUGAACACUUCGCAACCUUCUGAAGCCCAACCAACAACGCUCACCGUCCCCACAUCUGGUUCUAGAAGGAGUGAAAACAAUCAGAGUUCUAGUAAUCAUGACGACAGCCGCCCUUUGUCUGCCAUAGAUGAUUUAGGAAGUUUUUCGACGAACAAUUCUAGGGCGAAACCGUACAUAGAUCAGUAUAUUUCGAAUAACUAUCAUUCUGCAGCUACUGAACAAGAAGAUGAUAAUAACGCGACAAAUGGAGGUUCCAGCGGAACCCAAGUGGAAGACAACAGGCAACUAUUUGGAAAUCAUUCUGGCUCCUCAAGAAAAGAGAAUUUCGAUCCCCAGGUUUCAAAAGCUGCACUUAAAAUUACUCGCAAGCCGCCACUCCCUCGGCAAGCCUCUAGUGAAGAUACAAGUCUUAAUGAAAAAAUUGAAAACAUUCGUGCGGCUCAUGAGAAACGACGUCUUCGUAACAGACAGAUAGUCGACCCAGCUAACGAUCAAUCAACAGCUGCCCAGUCAAGCGAAGAAAACGACAGCGAUACUGAUCCAGUACAACCAGCCACAAUUGCACCUGCUAGAUUUCGCAUAAUAAGCCGUACAUCGAGUAAUUAUGAUGUACCUAAAACAGUGCAACCUUCUGUUACUACACAGCAGCCUAAUGUGCCUAAAACUGCACCAACGCAGCCAGAAACUCCUCCUGACACACCCUCUCUUCCAAUACCGAUAACUCAUUAUCCAGGUGAGAUCCCUCCCUGGUUGUUAAGACGGCGGCAGCGUUUCCAACGCUCUAAGACAAAUCCAGAUAUGACUGCGGUAUUGACCGCAGCUAAUAACUAUUAUGGUACAACACCUCUAUCCCCAGUAGGAACUACUAAUCCUUCUAGUCGUGUACAACAACUUUUACUUGAACGUUCGAAUCGUUUAGACUCAACAACGCAGCGAUUUAUACCACCACCACCUCGCCAAGACAGUACAGACGCUUCAAAUACUACGGAUACCGAUACUCCAGUAAAUAUACUUUCCGAUCGACGUUCUCGGUUCCGAAGGCGGUCAUCUGCAGCUAAUCGUCGAGACUCUUCGGCAGAUUCUCGUAUAUCAAAAAUGCUGUCGACAAAAUAUGUUUCUAAUAUUGAUUACCAAGGCAAAGGUAAACCGCGGUUAGUAUUUGGUAAGAAAGGCUGCAAAGAUGGUGAUCUUAAUUGGCCAAGAGGGAUCGCAGUCAUUUCUGGAAGUGAUUUCGCCGUUUGUGAUAGUAGUAACCACAGAGUUUGCGUAUUUAAUACGCAGGGUCGGCUGUUACGUAUCUUUGGGAAAUAUGGCACAGGUAACGGUCAGCUAGAUAGUGCUGCAGGUAUAUGCUGUAACCGUUUCAAGGAACUAAUUGUAUCAGAUCGAUAUAACCACAGAAUAACUAUCUUUGACCAGCAUGGUCAGUUUCUAAGUAGUUUCGGUGGUCAUGGACCAUCUAAUGGCCGAUUCAACAACCCAUGGGGCGUCGCUGUCGACGACGGUGGUAUGAUCUACGUCGUCGACAAGGACAACCAUAGAAUACAAAUAUUUGAUGCAAAUGGACAGUUUGUAAGCAAAUUCGGUUCAAUGGGACCCGCCCCUGGGCAGUUACACAAUCCACAGUUUAUUGCAAUACAUCGGCGUACGCACCAACUUUAUGUCACAGAUAGCUCAAAUCACCGGGUUUGCGUAUUUGACCACAACGGUAAUCCACUGUUUCAGUUUGGGCAGGAGGGAUUCCACAGCGGGCAGCUGAAAUUCCCUCGUGGCAUUGCAGUCGAUGACCAGGGUUUUAUUAUUGUUGCGGACAGCGGGAAUAAUCGAAUACAAAUAUUUUACCCGGACGGUAAAUUUAUGCACAGUUUUGGAACCUGGGGAAUCGGUGCUGGGCAGCUGAAAGGUAUCGAAGCAGUAGCGUUGAUUGAUAGUACGAUAAUUGUGUCAGAUAGGGAGAAUCAUCGUAUUCAACUAUUCUGAAG